UAGAAUAUGGGAUAUAGCCCAUUUUGAGAAACGGCCUAGUUCGAGCCAAGUGGAGUAAUGCAGAGCAGGGACGUUUUGAUCGUCGGUUCCGAGUAUCAGCAUUAGGCCUAAAUCGAUCAAUUCAUCGCGAGUCACGUUUCCGAUUAACCGGAGAAGAGGAUGAUCAAGGCAUGCUCGUUGCGAUCACCUGCGUCCAUUGUUGUCCCCGUCACAUUGUUUCUUUUUGCCCUUCGGGGAUUUGUAGGGCGACACCCAAAUGCGCCGUAUCCAACGGCGUACUCCGACCUCCGACCUCACCACACGUACACUGGUCAAAACCAGCUUUAUUAUGGCUCCGGAGCAAGUGAAUCAGUCACAAAUUCGUAUUUAUCACACAGCAAAUGAUAUUCCG